UCCGCUCUCUGUCCAACUCACAGGCUCUGUCAGAGGCUGGAGGAUUAUUCCCACAGAAGCUUUCUCUGUUUUUGGUGUGGUUUUUCUUUCACCCUGCAGCUUGGAGGAGAGCGUUCUGAUUCUUGAGGAGCUGUACGGACUCCUGUGGACUCCUGCUGAGCAGCUUGUUGGGAACCAGGCCAACCCAGUGCCGGAGCUUUGCCAUGAGAUAGGACCUGCCCUGAAGGUACCGUCUCUCCAUGCAGCGCUAUCCUCCCCACAUGGUGCCGAUGGACCCUCAGGUCUGUCCACCGCCGCUGAGCAGCAGCCACUCAGUCAUCAGCGGCCUCGACAAAUCCCCGGCCGGCACGUUCAAACCCGGCCACUCGCGCAACAGCAGCACUGGCUCCUCCAAGAACUCCAAACAGUCUCGUCACUGGGAGGUAAUGGACGACCUGCAGAAUCUGGACAUGUGCUCGGUCCCGGGCUCCACUCUGGACCUCAGCAUCCCAGGAAUCUGUGAGGGAUACCUGAUGAAGAGGAGGAAGUAUCCGCUGAAGGGCUGGCACAAGAGAUACUUCCUCCUGGAGAAAGGGAUUCUCAAGUACUCAAAGACACCUCAAGAUAUCCAGAGGGGGAAGCUCCACGGGUCUUUGGACGUCAGCCUGGCCGUCAUGUCUGUGAACAAGAAGUCCAAACGCAUAGACCUGGAUGCUGGAGACAACCUGUACCACCUCAAGGCAAGAAGCCAUGACAUCUUCUACAUCUGGCUGACCAAGCUGUGUGCCCACCGUGUGUUCAGGAAGAACGAGGCGAUGACCGUCCAGCGCGGUGUCUUUCAUGCUAUAUCCAUGGGCCAGAACACCCUGCCAGCGAUGAGCACGCUGGCCCAGCAGCAGAGAGCGUCGCUUCCUUACUACGCCAGCUCUACGUCAGUGUACCAUCCAGAGGUGGCGAGCCCUGCCCCGGCUGUUGCCUCUCACCCAGAGGUGACCAACAAGGUGUCGGCCUGGCUGCAGCAGACCCACGACAUCGAUGCAACCUCCAAUGACCUGAAUCGCUGUCAGGCUGAGCUGACUGAACUGGCUCAGCUCAUCCAGAGGCUCCACUGGCUGGAGGGAGGAGUGCCCGUCACCGACACCGACCUGGAGAUGAGAAUCAACAUGCAGAAUCUCUCUCUGGAGAAACCUAAGAAAAAGACUGGAAGGUUGGUCGGCCACUCCCGGACCUUGUCUCGUGUGGAAGCCAUGGGAGGAAUGUUCACUUCCAGCCACCUGAGUACAAAUUCAAGUUCUGGUUUGGGGGCGUCCGUUCAGUCCAUCCCCGACUACGUCUACUCCCAGCUGUCCAACCCUCAGGGAACCUCCCCGGAGGCGAAGAAGCUCCACCAGGACAUCUGCACUGUGUCUCAGAGGGUUCACACCUCUCUCAAGUCCAUUCAUGAGGUUCUGACCCUGGACAGAGAGAAGCUGAAGCAGGCCUGGACUAGCCCAGAGCUGAGACAGAACACCUCCCAGCAGCUCGCUACCCUCUGCAGCCUGUCCCAGCUUGACAUACGAACCAAAGUCCAUUCGCUUUCCCUGUCCUCUGACUCUUCUGAGGAAUCCUUCUGCACCGUCCUUCCGGACCAGGUGUGUACUGCGCUCUGUGUGUGUGUGUGUGUGGAUCACUAUGAGUGGAACAAGGUGGUGACGUGUAUCCACAACGUGCUGAGUCAGCAGCGCUGGCUGGAGCACUACGGCGAGGUGGUCAUCAGAAACACGAAGAGCGACGCCUGCACCUGCAAGAUCACUUUUGUCAAGUCUCGCUACUGGAGCUCAGACAACAGUAAGAACGAGGUGCAGGGUGUGGUUCUGGACCGGGCUGGAGAGGUGGUCCAUCGGUUUGGAGGCCUCUGGCAUGAGGGCAUCUUCUGUGACACUCUGCCGACACCGAAGUGCAUCUGGAAGCCCAAUGUGCAGCCUGAUGACCACUUUGACUUCUACGGCUUCUCGCGUUACGCCAGAGAGCUGAACGAGCUGACUCCGGACCUGAAGGCCGUCCUCCCGCCCACAGACACACGCUUCAGACCGGACCAGAGACUCCUGGAAGACGGGAAACUAGCAGAGGCAGACAAGAGGAAGGACGAGGUGGAGGAGAAGCAGAGGGAGAGGAGGAAGGAGAUGGCCAAGAGAGGCGAGGAGCACAUCCCCAGGUUCUUCAGGAGAGCGGUGGAUGAGGCUGGCAGGGAGGUGUGGCUGUCCAACGGAACCUACUGGAAGCUCCGCAAAGAGCCGGGCUUUGCCAACACUGAGAACCUGGACCUGUGGUAGAACCCGACACCAGGCUUAUGAGCCCAGUCAGGUGCUCGGUGCCAUGUUGAAGAGCAACACCGUACUCCUGUCAGACCAGUAGCUUUGAAUACACUGCAGUGACUCGACACACCCAGAGGUGGUGCUGCUGAGCACAGGGGCUCUUAGAAGCAUAGAUGAUCCUCUCGCUGGCUUUUUGGUGCCACGUGGAGGUGAGGUGCCACUAUGGAACAAAUGAAGACUGAUUUAGACGAAGCCGGAUGUGUGUCCUGCCUGUAACAGCAUCACUGAUGAUUCCAGCUCGACCAUCGCUGCCUUUAGAGGAUCAGGUUCUUCUGAGGCCUUUGUCAAUAUGUAAAUGUCUUCUGUCAUGUCUGUGGGACGGAUGUCAGCGUUAGUUUUAACAUGUCUGUGUGAGUAUUUUUAGUCAGAACUGGUGUCUCAGCUGUGAGGACUUCGUCUGACAUGAGUGCUUCCUGUAGAGGAGCACUGGGAGGCUAAUUCUGGUUCUGGUGGGGUGUAUUACAGGUGAACUGGUUCUGUCCUGCUUUCUCUCUCAGUGGGUCUUAUUGUAUAAACCUUGUAAAGUUUGUGUUAUUGUGGCACAUUGGUGACGCCGUUCAUCUGACGUGUCAGUGCGCUGGACAGGUGGAGCUAGACGUAGCGUAGCCUCUCUCACCUGUGGGACUUGUCCAGAAGGAGCUGAAGACCAGGAUGGGUCUCUGACAUUUAUGCUCUCAGUUGAUGCGAUGAAGUAUUUUUAUUGAUGUUUCAACAUUUGGAUUUUAGUGAGGAAAAGAGACGACUGUUAAUCCCUGUGAAACGUUUUUCCCUUAAUCGUUGUGUUUCAAAUAAAAGCUUCCACAAUCAGC